CCAAACACAGAGUUCUGUCUUUCAGCGCAGCGAAGGCGGUGUUUGUACAAAAGUGUCUGUUUUUUUUUUCGUUAAUCAUUUCGCUCCGCGCCACAGUUAAACCAUGAGGACGUACUUCGUAAUAGCCGCCAUACUGAUCGCCGGAACGAGCGCUCAGGAGAGCUUCAAAUGCCCGGACGACUUCGGGUUCUAUCCUCAUCACAUAUCGUGCGACAAAUAUUGGAAAUGCGACAACAACGUGGCGGAGCUGAAGACGUGCGGUAACGGUCUUGCGUUCGACGCCAGCGACAACAAGUUCCUCACCGAGAACUGCGAUUAUCUGCACAACGUGGACUGCGGCGAGCGCACGCAGCUCGAACCGCCCAUCAGCACGCCGCAUUGCUCCCGUUUGUACGGCAUCUUCCCCGACGAGAAGAAGUGCGACGUCUUCUGGAACUGCUGGAACGGCGAGGCGUCCCGCUACCAAUGCAGUCCCGGAUUGGCCUACGACCGUGAGGCCAGGGUGUGCAUGUGGGCCGAUCAGGUGCCCGAGUGCAGAAACGAAGAGGUCGCCGGAGGUUUCACGUGUCCGGCCGCGGGCGAAGUGAGCGGCGCAUCCGGCAGCUUUAGCAGACACGCCCAUCCGGAGGAUUGCAGAAAGUACUACAUAUGUCUCGAGGGUAUCGCCAGGGAGUACGGUUGUCCGAUCGGCACCGUCUUCAAGAUCGGCGACGCCGACGGUAGCGGCGCCUGCGAGGAUCCCGAGGACGUUCCCGGAUGUGAGGAUUACUACGGUGACCUGGACCUGAAGAGCAUCCGGAAGAGCGAGCUGCUUACCGGUAUCCAGAGCGAGCCCAGAAAACCGAAUCAGGCGGUCCUGAAACCCAGGCCCACAACAGUGGGAGGGCCCGCGAGGAAUCCUUCCUCACCCCUUCAGGAAUAAAUCCUGAAUUUUACCUCGCUCUUUCCUUUCUUCACUCUUCACAUCUCUGUGUUUUUCUCUUUUUUCUCUUAUACUUCUCCUUUCUUCGUUGCUAUCGUGUAAUUACUUAUUUUUAUUGAAUUCUACUUUUUUGUUUUGUAACUUAUUGUUACAGAAUUACGAAAUAUAGAGAUCUUCUAGAGAUUGAAAUGUAGUUCUUUACAAACGUGAAUUCUACUUAUGUUUAAAAAAAAAAAAAUAACAGAUUUUCAUGAUUUUUAUUAAAAUUCAAUAAAGAUGUCGUUUCCUUUUUUGUUCCUCUUUUAACUUAUUGCGAUUGUUCGAAUUUAUAUCGCAAAUAUAAUAUAUUUUUAUCAAUAAAUUGUAUCAAAUACUUUCUUGCUCGCUAUUUUUUUCUCUGUCUUCUCGUACUCUACUUUUUCUUACUCUUUUUUUUCUUUUUCUCUCUUUCUCUCUCCCUCUCUCCCUCUUUUGCUAUAUAUACACAUACACAGAAAUCUAAGAAAAAUGCAGUACUGAUUACGUAGAUAAAUUUCAAAAUACACGGAAAAUACACGCGUUAUUUGUAUAGAAUAUAAAAUACAGAAAGAAUAAUUAUAAAACGUUUUUUUAAAAAAAAAAAAAAGUAUAUAAAACCAAUACGAUGUAAAUUCUUUUUGACAAAUGCUCAAAAGUACUGAUAUUUCUAAAAAAUUGAUAUUAGUUGUAAUGUCUUGUAUAAUUAUAUUUAUAUAUUAAGUAUAACGAUUGUUUUUUUUUUUUUUUUUCAAUAGAUAUACGAAAACAUAAUUUCGUCUCUUCUAAAUGCUAUCUCUCUCUUUAUUAUCUCUAAUCUAUCUUUUUCUUUGCCCAUUAAUUAAUUUUUCUUUUUUAAUUCUCUUACCGUUCUCUUUGUGCUGCGAAAAUAGACGUUAAAAAAAAUGUUGUAACAACAAUAGAAGUAAUGAAAAUUUUUCUGCAUGUAACAAUACGAAGAAGAAUUUAAAUUAACGAGAAUCACAUCAGUUGUUAAUUCUCGCAGUGCAAAACACAUAAUUAAAACGACAAAGUCAGCAGCAAAAGUUGUGUCGAAUUUGUUUAUUUACGCACGGAAUCAGAACUCGGAGAUUUAUACGCCAUGAAUUUUCAUUCGAUAAUCUUUCCGAUUCUUGCCGCCAAUGUGUGAGCAAAGUUUCGGUUUGUCAUGUAGUUUUAAGUAUAAAAAGUUCGUGUAAUAAAAAAGAAAAAAAAACAUUCUAUAAAGAGA